AAAAAUGGUGCUUAAAUAAAGUACUACUCCACCGCAGCUUUAGACCAUAAAAUUUCAACCCUAAUUUCACAAACUCUAAUUUAGUUCUCUCCUCUUCAUUUGGAGGUCAUUUGUGGCCCUAGUUUCACUGAUUUUAUGUGAAAUUUACUUAAAAUUUGAGGCCAUUUCCUAGCCCUGAUUUGACAACUUUCUAUGCAAUUUGUGGCCGUUUCUUAGCUCUAAUUUCACUGGUUUGUGCAACUUCAUCUGAUAUUGAAGCCAUUUUCUGAACCUAAAUUUGCAAGUUUCUGCAAUUUGAUCUCUGCAACUGAAGCCCUCUGGUAAGCCUAAGUUCGUCGUUGCUGUAAAAGGAGCUCAGAUAAGGGACCUCUGUGAUUAAAGAUCGGAGUUUUUAUUCUAAUUGAGACAGGCCUGCAACUUCUUCUUUGAAUCUGCUUUUCUCUCCUCGAUAAUGGCGGUUUCUCUUGGUCUCUUCGGCGUCACUAAAGGGCCUAGGGUUUCUACUCCUGCGUUUGAGUCAUUUCAGAGUGUGAACUCUGGUAAAUUGGUCGUUGGAGCGAGGACCUCUGUAUCUGUGCGGUGCCAUGGAAGUGAUACAGCAGCUGCUUCUGUUCAAUCUGCUUUCGAUACGAAGAUUUUCAGGAAGAAUUUAACGAGGGGUGAGAACUACCAUCGCAAAGGAUUCGGGCGCAAGGAGGAAACCCUAGAGCUCAUGAACAAGGAGUACACCAGUGAUGUGAUCAAAACACUAAAGGAGAAUAACAAUGAAUAUACGUGGGGCAAUGUGACCAUCAAGUUGGCUGAAUCAUAUGGUUUUUGCUGGGGAGUCGAACGAGCAGUUCAAAUUGCAUAUGAAGCAAGGAAACAAUUCCCUCAUGAGAGAAUAUGGGUCACCAAUGAAAUUAUACAUAAUCCUACUGUGAACAAGAGGCUCGAGGAGAUGGAAGUCAAAAACAUUCCUAUCAAAAAUGGGAAGAAACAAUUUGAUGUUGUGGAGAAGGGAGAUGUUGUCAUCUUACCUGCCUUUGGAGCUGGUGUUGAUGAGAUGUUAGCUCUUAGCGAGAAGAACGUACAGAUAGUGGACACAACCUGCCCAUGGGUGUCCAAGGUAUGGAACAUGGUUGAGAGACACAAGAAAGAUGACUAUACUUCUAUCAUUCAUGGCAAAUAUACUCAUGAGGAGACUGUUGCUACAGCCUCUUUUGCUGGGAAGUACAUCAUUGUGAAGAAUAUUGCACAGACAAUGUAUGUCUGUGAUUACAUCCUCAAUGGUCAGCUGGAUGGUUCUAGUGGAACAAAAGAGGAAUUCAUUGAGAAAUUUAAGGAUGCAGUUUCUCCAGGGUUCGAUCCAGAUAGAGACUUGUGUAAAGUGGGCAUUGCUAACCAAACUACAAUGCUUAAGGGAGAAACUGAGGAGAUCGGAAAACUGGUUGAGAAGGUUAUGAUGCGGAAGUAUGGAGUGGAAAAUAUCAAUGAGCACUUUGUUGCCUUCAAUACCAUCUGCGAUGCUACACAGGAGAGACAAGAUGCAAUGUAUGGCUUGGUGAAGGAGAAACUUGAUCUCAUGCUUGUGAUUGGAGGAUGGAACUCCAGUAACACUUCCCAUCUACAAGAAAUUGCGGAGGAGAAAAUCCCAUCUUAUUGGAUUGACAGUGAAAAGAGAAUAGGACCAGGAAACCGAAUAUUGUAUAAGUUGAACCAUGGUGAAUUGGUCGAGAAAGAGAACUGGUUGCCUGAGGGUCCGAUCACUAUUGGUGUUACAUCUGGGGCAUCCACGCCUGAUAAGGUUGUGGAGGAUGUUCUUACCAAAGUUUUCGACAUCAAAAGAGAAGAACUUCUGCAAUUAGCCAAGGUAUAAAAUCAGAGAACCCCAGUAAACUAAGUGGUUACAUGUAAAAUCUGUCUCUAUGGCUAUGUAAAAGUUCAUCGUAACCUAAACCAUGUACUGUAACGAAAGUGUGCCUUGUAUUUUUGGGCUGGUGGGGAAAUGAUGUAAUAUCUAAUAAUAUUUGCGAUGGUUUAGAGGCUACAUAUGUUGCAUCCGGAGGAAAGCUCAUUGGAUCAUCAAAUAUUUGUAUUAGAAGCUCUAUAAGUAUUAUAGUUUCAAAGCCUAA